GGGACUGUCUUCUAGGGCAAACUAUCACCAAUGGAAGUAAAAUUAGUUUUUCCAGCAUUCUGGCAGGUUGUGGAGUACAUCUGUAUGACUUGCCUAAACUCAACACUUAGCUCUCGGGCAGCUAAAGUUUGGUGAAAAGAAACCCUGAUGCGCAGAGAUGAAGAGAUUUGCCCACCACUAAAAUUGUCUGGAGUCCAGACACCAGAGUUCAGACCUCCAAGACUGAGACUCUGCCCAGAGGAAGAGACUACAUCAUAGGUGUCUAUGUCUGAACCACCCCUUGGGCACCAGUCAGGUUGGCUGGAUUAACUGGCUCUCAUUCAGAGGGAACUUGACAGAUCUGUUUUGCUUUCAUUGAACCUCUCUACUGCAUGCCAUAAGGAUUUCCUAGGUCCAGAGGCUGCAAAAAAUGCAACUGAGCAGCCCAAAAAUGUGACUGACAAGAGACUCCAAUCUUACUGAUGAGGAAUUUUCUACUUAUCAGUUUAUAAUUUAAAUGUAUAACUGAAGCAUGCAUAAUAGUUAACCUGAUAGGGGAAAAAAAAAACUUUUGCAUUAAUUAGGACUGCCAAAAAAGCAGUCACCUGAAGCUUCAAAAUGAGUGCUCCAUUAAUCCCAAACAAGUCAUGUUAUACGCAGCUUCAGGACAACCGCAGCGAAAUAAAAAAUAAUAACGAAAGCAUAGUGAGCGUGGGGGACACCAAUGCCAACCAAAUUGUGACAAAAGCUAGAAUGACUGAAGUGGAUGUUAAGAAACAGGAUUUGACAGAUGAGAGUGGGAAUAUGCACUCUGGAGGAUCAGAGAAAAUUACUCAUCUCAAUACAGAGCAGAAUAAACUUCUGACCUUCAAAGACUCUCGGACCUGUCACACAGGUGUACAGGAAAGCAAGCUGUCCUCCACCACAAUCAGGGAAAUGGGGAAAGAUUAUAGGACCAGCGAAGCUAAGGAUAUAUCAAGGCAUAUCAGGAUUAGCCGAGGACAAAGUCUGUCCAAUUUAAAAAGUAGCACAAAUGAUGCCACCCUGGAGGUUAUUCCCAAAGGUGAUGUUGACUUCACUCAGAACUUUUCUAAGGGUAAAAUGUCCAGGACUGUGGAGGUGGAGAAAAUAAAAAGGCUUUCAUUGGGAAGACCAAGUAAAUUCUCUCCUCAAUCUGAAACAUUUACAAAAGACUGCGUUGGCCGUGUGUCAUGUAAACGUCUGCUUUCUGCAUCAUUGGACUCCAUUGACAGGUCACACCAUUUGAUAGGAAAUACAGAGAAAUCACAAAAAACAUCCACAGAUCAUUUUCUUGGGAUGGUGUUUCAUCCAGUUGACAAUACCUCAGAGGAAAAUACUGUAUUUUAUUCCAAACCAUCUACCUCAGGGAACAAGAAAAUAAGUAAACCAGAAAAUGUACCAAAUGUUAACAUCGAAAGCACACUGCAUGCUUCUCAUUCUCAACAUUCAGCUGUUAAGCCCCAUGAGAUUAUUAGUAAAUCAGAAGCACAAUUAGGUCAGGGUGAUAAAAAUAAAAAACUGGACCUUAAGGCUGCUCCACCUCUACAAUCUAAAAAUACAUGUCAACAAAAGAUUGAGAGAAUUAUGCUAGUAGAGUCCCUGGGAUGUCAAAAAGAUGAAAAUACAGCAAUACUGGAGCAGAAAGACUCUGGGUCUGAUGCAUCAAAGUUUCAAACAUCCCAUUUUCGAGACACCUGUAAUAAAGUAGAGGAUCCAUUGUCAAGCCAGCCAGUAACCUAUCCUGAUGACAAAUUGCUAAGUGACCACAUCACCAUCGGUGGGGAAGGGAGACGAAGCAGUGACAGUGACAACAGGGCAGCUAGCCAGGUGGGUGAGGAAUAUUUCACUGACAAAGUAGUGAAAACAAUAUUCCCACCCACCUGCAGUAGUAAAUCCAGUGGCAAAGUGACACCCAGAAAAAGUGAAAAUUUACAUGAAGUUGAUGCAGGUAUUGCUGAAACAGUUGGUGAACAGGUAUAUCUUAUACAUAAUAUUAAUCUACCUGACAGCAAACCCUUGAAAGUUAACGAGAAUAGGCUGACGCUAGUCAUAGAGAGCACUGAGGAUGAUGCUGUGCCUGCUUCUGAUCUCUCAGAUCAGCACAGAGCGUGCAGUGCAGAGAUAGUGUCAAACCAAAAACCUGACAACCACAACAGUGAUGUGGAGACCUUGAGCUUUUCGGUUCCAAGUAAAAAGACAGCUAAUGCACAGAAACAUCCUCCAGAGGAAGCACCAGAGAGCUGUAACGUUUCAGCAAAGGCCGAUGCCUUUUUAUGUGUCCCAACUCCCGUGCGCCCGGUGGCAACGCUGGAUGUUAAUAGUCAGCCCACGCUACCAAACAGUAAUUUGAAGGACCUUUAUGCACUUCAUGUUGACAAACUGUCACCCUCUUCAGUCCUACCUCCCAUUGACAGUACGCAGUUGUUGAACAUAUCCCCUAAAGUGCCUAUCAAGACUGCCUGCAGCAGUGCCAUCCCAAAACCUAUCCUGGUCCACCCCAAGGGCUCCCUCCCAGAUAAGGCGGGUGUAGACAGUGACUGCAGUGAAAAGCUGGAAGAAAGCAUUGAGAUGAAACCUGCCAUACCCAGGCCCAAACCCGUGAGACCUAAAAUCAUCACAUACAUUAGGAGGAACCCUCGUUCGAUAGAGCAGCUCGACCCUUCAUUUGUGCCGGCAGGGCUGCCGUUCGGUAGCCCUGCGUGUGGCAUGCCCAUCUCUGCGGAGCAGAAAGCAUCCAAUGGAGGGGAGGCAAAGCCCGCCAGCAUCCUAUACGACAAAUUUAAACCUGACCUCCAGAAGCCAAGACUCUUCAGUUCUGGACUCGUGGUGUCAGGAAUUAGGCCCCCGGGCCAUCACUUCGGUCCAAUGAGCGAGAAGUUUCUGCAGGAGGUUGGGGAAAGGCCUGCGAAAGAUGAAUUUUGCCCCCCACCAUAUACUCACUACGAGGUCCCACCAAGUUUUUAUCGAUCUGCUAUGAUACUCAAGCCACAGUUAGGACUGGGUGCAGUGUCCAGGUUACCAUCUGCAAAAAGCAGGAUUCUCAUUGCAAGUCAAAGAUCCUCAGGUAGCUGUCUCCAUCAGCAAGGAGAAAUAACGAGUGCUCCCAGCCUCUAUCAUCCUGAUGCUUCAGUUGAUCUUAAGAAAGGCUCAUGUCCAAGUGCUGCAAAAUCAAAUCUCCCCAAGCCCUGCCAGUCUGGACUUCGCCCUCCAGGUUAUUCACGGUUGCCAGCAGCUAAACUGGCUGCAUUUGGUUUUGUCAGGAGCUCAAGCGUAUCCUCUGUCGCCAGCAACCAGUCAAACGAGAGUGCUCAGAGUGAUCAAAGCAGGACAACCAACCGUUCCAGCUUUGGAAAUGAAGAGCAAAAUACUCCUAAGGCAUCUGCACCUUCUAAAGAUAUCCCCAAGGGGAGCAGCAAGAGCACGACACAGGUAUCGAGCAGCACAGCGACUCCACGCAAGAGCUUACUUCCAGCACCAAAAACUGCCACAGCACCUGCUGCAGGUCUGAAGAAAGAAGUACAGAAAGAUCAGGAUGCUAACAGACCGGCUGUCUCAUCCCCUAAGAAAUCAGUGGUAACAGCCACCAAGCUCCAUUCACCAGGACAUCCCAAGCAAAGGCCAACCACCCCAAAGAAUGGAUUUUCCCCCAAACCAGGAGAAAGUCGAGAUGCUGAAAAGCAGUUCGUUCAGAGACUGAAGGAAAAGUGUGAUGAGCAGUCCCGGCAAUUAAACAAUAUUCGAGAUGAUCUUAAAAGGGCCAGCUGUGGAUUUGAUGUCUUCGCUAUAACAACACAGCACUUUUUCAGGCAGAAUGAAAAUGCCCUUGUGAAAAUAAAGGAGUUAGGAGUCGAGCUUGCAAAGAUCAGGGAUGAAGUUGCCGUCAACACAGCAAGAUGGAAGAAACUGCAGAGCGAGAAGGAGGAGCUGGAGAGGCGCUUCGAGGAAGAGGUGAAGCAGCUUCGCAGGCAGCAGCAGGAGGAGCUGCAGGCGCUGGAGCAGCGGCUGCAGGAGGAGUACACCGCCAAGAGGGAGAGCUUGCAGGAGCAACACAGGCUGCAGCUGGAGCAAGUCAAAUUGCAGCAUCAGGAUCAGGUGGAGGAUAUCACAGCGGUACACGAAGCUGCAAUGUUACAGUUGGAAAAUAACCACAUAGUCGCCAUAACAGUCCUGCAGGAUGAGAAUGACUGCAAGAUUCAAGAACUGAAUACUGCUCACAGACUGGAAAAGGCACAAUUAGAAGAGCAUUUUGAAAAACUGCGGCUGUCACUCCAGGACCAGAUAGACACCCUCACCUUCCAGAACCAAUCUCUUAAGGCCAAAGCAGAUCGAUUUGAAGAGGCUCUGAAGAAAAAUACCGAAGAACAACUGAAGAUUGUACGAGCUCCAUAUCUGCACUUAGAAAAAGAUCUGAAGAGCUUAAAACAUGUUCUGGAAAUGAAGAACCAUCAGAUUCACCAACAGGAGAAGAUGAUUAUGGAGCUAGAAAAACAGGCUGAGAAAAAUUUAAAACUGGAAGAAAAAAUCACCAUGCUACAACAGCAGAACGAAGAACUCAGAGCCAGGAUUGAGCAAAAUACUGUCAUAACAAGGCAAUUGUCAGAGGAGAAUGCUAACCUUCAAGAAUACGUUGAGAAAGAAGUGGAGGAGAAGAAGAAGCUGAGCAGGACUAAUGAAGAACUCCUCUGGAAGCUGCAGGAGGGAGAUGCCGUGAGCCCGGUGAAACUCCCACCCACAUCAUCCACUCCUUUUUAUCGCUGCUCGUCAGGGAACUCCUCUCCAGCAAAAGUCAGAACCUUGCGGCGAUGAUUCAGCACCUGCGCGCUGAAGGUCCCCUGCCUUUUAUGCAUUAUCCAACCUGCUAAAUGUUACCAUCCAAGGGAGUAUUACCACCAACAGGCGCCCAGGGUUCGUGGCUGCAAGCAUGCUCAGUAGCUGCAUAGCUUUACACUAGGCAGAGUACUCUUAUAGUCCCCAUAUAGGAGCUCUUGGUUCUGACGUGUUGAUUAGGGUAGCAAAAAAGAUAGCAAAAAGCUAGGGCAACAGAAAGUUAGGAUAGCAAAACAUAUAGUUUGAUGUGUGAACAUUUUGACUAUGGUUAGAGCCCAAAGUUGGAGAAUACUAUAUUAACAGUUCAUCAGAAUGAACUUUUGCUGCAGUAUUUCAGGUUAGUAACAAAUACAGUUCAAGUUGUGAAUAUUUCUGUAUAUGUGUCUGUGUUUAUAUACAUGUAUGUAUUGUACCUUUAUACCUAUAUAUAGACGCACACACAUAUAUAUGUAGUUGAAGAUGUUCUGAAUCGCAUUUUUUUAUAUUAUUGGAUACUACUAAGUGCUGAUAUAUUUUCAUUACAGUCAGCAGUUUUCUAACUCGUGCCUAAGACUUGUAUCUAAACGAAAUGCAUUUCUGUUUAGCCUCCCAGGAAUAUUUAUACCCAACCUAGAAGAAAGUUACACAGAAGUAGAAGCGCCUUCCAAAUGACCACCAAGUGGUACUCUAUGUAACAUGAACACCAGCGACUCUGAAAUCCUGAGACAUUACUGCCUUCAAAACUGUCACUUUUGCAUUGAACACCAGAUAAGAUACGCAUACCAUUCACUGCUUUUUAGCUCUUAGCAUCAAUAUUGUAAGUGGAGAUAGGCUAGUGAUGAGAAACCUGAGGGUUUUAGCAAAUUUGGUAGCGGUUACUGGUUAAACGUGUUUCAAUUUUAGUGUCUUUAAAUCCUAGUUAGAUCUUAUCUUGUUUUACCUCGUCCUGGUUUGGAUACUAUCAAAAUCUCUGGUUGUAGGUUCCUGUCCAUUUUGGUUUAUUUCAAGUCCCAUAAGCGAGAAGGAGGAAAUAAGUUGUUCAUCCUUGACCUUUGCUGGCCAAGAGGUUUCCAGUAUUAGGAUGAGAUACCAGGCUAGGGCUCUAGCCUCUUCCCAUCUGAAACACCAAGUAGAGCACAGCGGACUACAUGGGCACAAAUGACGUCAGAAUUUCCUUCCUUUCACCUAGAUAUACUAUUUCACAUUGCUAAAGCUUACCCAAAGUUACAGAGCACUUUUAAGAUUCAUGGCCAGGAGUGGCUAAACUACCUUUAACUUCUCUGCCUGGAAGCAAAAAAAAUCACCCAGGUGUGGUGUGACCCCCCCACACUCUUGGGGGUGGUGAGGCCAAGGAGUGACUGGGGUGGGACGGGCUGCAGGGCCCUCGUGGGCACCGUUAGCAAGAAAAAAACCCCACAUCCCUGAGCAUAAUUAAAAAAAAAAAAAAAAAAAAAAGAGAGACCUUUUCUAUCCAGCCUGGGUCAGAGAGCCUGUGUGCAUUCCUGCUCUGAGCACCAGGGGCAAAGUAAGCAGGAGACAGUACGUGCAGCAAAUCCCACCCGGCUGUGCGGUGGCACCGGCACACCCUGCGUGAGCAGGGGUGGGAUUUGGGAUUGCACAGCCCUGACACACACCUCGGAUGGGAGCUGUGCUUCAGCCUUCCUGGGAAGUACUCAGGACUCACAGACUGAAGCUUAGAUGCACGUCCAAUCACCAUCAAAGCAUCUGUGGCCUGUUCCACAGCGUUAAAAAAAAAAAGAAAAAGCUGAUUUUUUUUUUUCCCCUCCUUUUUAGAGAGAUUUAUUUUCAUAGCAGCUUUUGCAUGAUACUGUGAUACUGAGUAAAUUGAGCAUCUUGUUAGAAUAGAUCGUGCCUCACCAACUACUACUGUUGAAAUACAUUACUAGAUUUUAGUGUGUCCAGCAAGUACAAACUGAAAGUAAGAGAUAUCUAGCACACACAUGUGCACAAAGCCCCUUCUUGCCGAGUACAAUUUUAAUAACUUUCAUACUUGCUAAAUGCACAGAUACCUGCCAUACCUACUGCAUUGUCAUGUUUCAUCCCACCUAUACAAUUCUGAUACUAUGAGAUCAUAGGAUGAUUUGGGUUAGAAGGGACCUCUAAAGACCACCUAGUCCAAUGCCCCUGCCAUGGGCAGGGACAUCUUCAACCAGACCAGGUUGCCCAGAGCCCCAUCCAACCUGACCUGGAACGCUUCCAGGGAUGAGGCAUCCACAACUUCUAUGGGCAACCUGUCUCAGUGCCUCACCACCCGCAUUGCAAAGAAUUUCUUCUUCACGUCCAAUCUAAUCCUACCCUGUUUCAGUUUAAAACCAUUGCCCCCCGGCAAAAAGUCUCUCUCAAUCUUUCUUAUAGGUCCCCUUUAAGUACUGGAAGGCCACAAUAAGGUCUCCCUGGAACCUUCUCUUCUCCAGGCUGAACAUCCUCAGCUCUCAGCCUUUCCCCACAGGAGAGGUGCUCCAUCCCUCUGACCAUUUUUGUGGCCCUCCUCUGGGCCCAUUCUAAGAGGCCCACGUCUUUUCUCUGCCAAGCAUAGGUGAAGUCUCACCAGAGCAGCGUAGAGAGGAAGAAUCACCUCCCUUGACCUCCUGGCCAUGCCUCCAUCUCUUGAUGCCGCCCAGGAUACGGUUGGCUUUCUGAGCUGUAGGUGCACAUUGAUGGCUCAUGUCCAGUUUUCAUCCACCUGUAUCUGCAAGUUCUCCACAGGGCUGUUCUCAGUCUCUUCAUCUCCCAGCUUGUACUGAUACUAAGGGUUGCCCCAGUCCACGUGCAGGACCUUGCACUUGGCCUUGUUGAACUUCAUGGGCCCAGCCCUCACGCCUGUCCGGGUCCCUCUGGAUGCCAUCCCUGCCCUCCAGCGUGUCAACCGCACCGCUCAUCUUGGUGUCACCUGCAAACUCGCUGAGGGUGCACUCAAUCCCACUGUCUGUUGUUGAUGAAGGCAUUAAAUAGUAUUGGUGCCAGUACGGGCCCUUGAGGGACGCCACUGGUUACUGAUCUCCAUUUGGACUCUGAGCAGUUGACCGCAACUCUUCGGAUGCCGCCAUCCAGUCAGUUCCAUACCCAACAUCCAUCUAACAAACCUGUAUCUCCCCAAUUUAGCAACAAGGAUGUUGUGUGGGACUGUGUCAGAGUUACAGAAGUCCAUGACAUCAGGUGCUCAUCCCUCAUCCACCAGUGCAGUCACACCAUCACAGAAGGCCAGCAGAUUAGUCAGGCUGACUUGUCAGUAGUUUCUGGGGUCCUCCUUUUUAAGCUUUUUAAAAAUGGGUGAGGUGAUACAACCAGAGUUGUUACCGUGAUGCUAAUCUAAACUUUUCCAUGCUAAACACACUAGAGCAUAUUAUUGGCCAGGGACGGGCUGGCUGAGACCAUCCUUUUAUAAUUUAUUAAUUUCCCUCUAUUUCUGGUGCUUUCCUUAUCACUUUGUUGGUUUAAAUUCAUAUGCAAGAGAUGCUUCCAGCAGUGAAUUGGGAGUGGGGCUUUUACGGUGGGAAAACUGGGACCUAUCCCCAGUUCCACCAUCAUUUGGUAUCAUUGCCAAACCCUUUCCCAUCUAAUUUUUGCCUCCCAAUCCUGCCUCUCACUGGAUUCUUCCCUGGCAUGGCCUCUGGGGCCUGCCCGAUGGCUAGCAAAGCUGCAGGAAGUUUUGCCUGACCAGAAGGGACUCAGCAACCCAUCCCUGCGGGGGUGCGAAGGAUGGUUCCUUCUGGUGCAAGCCCAGAAACAUGGACUUUUUUCCCCAAAAAAAGAGUUAUUCCUUUUUUUUCUGCUCUUCCUCUGUCCUGCCCCUCCUUGCCUCUGCGUGCCGGAGUAGGUGUGAAGCAAAAGCCCAUGUUCCUUGGGCAGUGGGAGGAAGGGAGCAGCCCGAGUGGGGCAGCCGUUCCCGGGGGAUGAAGAUCCCCGAGCGCCUGGCCAAGCCGGUGACCCCUGCUCUUGCCAGGGAGCUGUGACCGUGCCAAGUGACCUUGGUAUUCCCAGCAGUGUGGGGGACACAUCUCUAGCCCUCGCUCCCCAGCCAUCCCUGCUCAAAGGCAAGCAAGGGGAAGCUUUUGCUUUCGGGUGGCUGGAGACUUCCCGAAUGCCACGGUCACCGCCGGGGCUUUCCCGUUUGGCAGGGUAGGGUGGCCUCUGGCAGGAGAGGGAACGCAGCCUGCGCUAAGCAGAAAAAGGGUUUCAGUGCCCCUAUGUCUUUAAAAAGAAGCCAUUUGCUUUGGUUAAUCUUUAUUCAGUGCAGAAGGCUGCAGCGGCAAUAAAACCCACUGCUGUGAAGGGGCUCGAGGCCGGCACGAGGAGCAAGCAACAGCCGUGGGAGAGCUGGCAGUGAGCUGGGGGGGCAUGGAAUACUGGAGGAAAACUCUCCUUUCCUGCAGGAAAGUGCCACCUGGCCCUGUUGGGAUGGCUCCUCAUGUGGCUGCCGGCACAGAGGGGUUAACUCGGCCGAUGCACAGCGGCAAAGGCUUGUGGUGGUGGCAGGCAGGGUGAGGGGAGGAAAGGAAAAACUAUCAAGUGCAAAAUCAGGUAUUUUAUGUCUCUGCACUGAUGGUGGUUGUGUCCCAUGGACACGCUGAGGAGCCUCUGUACAGUUUCCCAUGCAGCAGGAGUUCUGUGGUGCCGUUUACUAUGUGGCUAAUGAUUACAGGAAGAGUUUGUAUUAUUUCAGUUAUGAUGUACAGAUAAGUGUAAUAUAUUCCUGAUAAUAAAUACAUGCGCCAGCGCACAUAUGGGCCGACGCAUACGAA